GAACAGCCACAGCCACAGGGAACUGUUAUUGGAGACAUGAGCUCCCUUGGCCCUUGAUUGUCAUGGAGGUCAUGGAGCAGAUAUUAUCAAGUAGCGGGGGCCAUGCAUUCACGAACCAAGGCAGUAGUACUUUGGCGACUGCAAUAAGUCAAUGGCGCAAGACAGCACUGAGCUUUAGGAUAGUACUCCGUAGUGCAACUGGCCAGGAAAUGUCGAGUCAGCGGCGAAGGGGUGAAACACUCAAGCGUCGACCGACAAGCCGCGCACGUGGGGCCGCCGCCACCAACCGCCGUCGACUGCUACACGCCGUCUUGCUCCUCACUUCUCACUUCUCCCUCUCUUCCCAUCAACAUGACCAACAAUAAUCGCCAACUAGGUACUGUGUACCGACUGUAUCCCGCGCUGACCCACCACAAGCCACAGGAUGCAGACGGGCCGAGAACGGUGACAUGGGGGCAUGACGAAAGCUUAGGGUCCUCAUCCAGCUCAUAGCUAAUGCCAGCUGAUCGUCGUUGAGCACACCGGUCCUCAGCGC